UAGUUGACUUCGAUAGCUCGCAGAGUUUGUACACGUUUUGUAUCUCUCGUACGUGAUUUUUAGUUAACUGGAAAAAAUCAAAAAAAAAAUAAAUUUUGUACAAAAAAUAUAAACGGAAAAUAGUUGCUCAGAAAAAAUUUUGUUUUUUAUUUUAGACAAUCGAAAAUUAAAAUAAAAAAUUUCCAUAAAAUAUGAAUUUUUUUCGUGAGCGCUUUCGGGUCUGAUUAUAAUGUGCGGUAUAUAAAUUGAAAACAUAUACAUGAAUAAUAACCGAAAUGAUUUCAUUUAUUGAAAUUAUGUGCAAAUUAAUGAAAACAUGUGAUCCACUAAUUAAGUUGGAUAAUAAAUCGAAUGUUAAGGAAAAUUGCGCAAGAAAAUUAAUUUAAUUAUUGUUUGAUCCGAAAUAAGUACCUGACACUUAACCGCUGUACAAGUUAUCGGUUACCAUAGCGAACUAUUUGUGAACCCACGGAUGUUAAAGAGCAGGACAGUUUAACUUUUCAUUGUAAAAUAUUUACAUCAUGCACGGUGAAGUGACAAUAUCUUAUGUUCAAGUGUUUACUGUCGAAGUGAUGUCAUGCAAUGUACUGAUUUGAAUUAUUUUCAAGAUUUGCAUAUUUACGAUCAAUCAACACGGUUAAGUUUUAAUUGAUUGCGGAAUUGGUUUUGAUUAAUCUUUCAAAUAAUUUUUAUUUCUUUCGAUCACACCUGCUCAAGAAGAUCAUUGAACUGAAUAAACAUUUUGAUGUUCUCUAAAUUUUAGCCUGUUCGUGCAUAAUCGGGACAAUUGAUAAUACAAAACCAAAUGAAAUGACAAUUUUUAUUUUGCUUUGAGAAAUAUUGAAUUUUACGUUACGUAAUAAAAGGGUUUCCGCUGCAACGACAACAACAACAAAAAAAAACUUUUAAUUCAGAGAACUAUAAGCUAUUGUUGUGCUAAAAUUUCACGGAGAAUAAAAAGGUGUUUUACAAAAACGCAGACGACCUAAAUUUCUUUAUUUGCGUAACAAACAUUAUACACAACAGGGGUGUUUUGUACGAGUGUGAAUUUAUUGUUCAAAGUUUUCCGAAUCAGGAAAACUGAGCCCCAAUUUAGAACCCUACCCCGCCAGCGUGGAGGGCCUACACAGCCCCAGAGCGGUGGGGAUGGCCGCUACAACAUAUAUGACAAGUGCAUCUGGAGACUUAGACAUGGCACUUGGCGGAGGCUAUCACACUUCUUCUCCUCGAAGUGCAACUGAUGCCGGCGAAAUGAAAUACAUGCAACAUCAUCAUCAUCACCACCAUCAUCAAGUCGCAUCCAGUCCCAGUCCAAAUGCUGGAGGUGGAUUAGGAUCAGUUACUGGCGGAUUGGGAGUUGGUUCCAAUCCGUGGACAGCAUUGCAUCCGUCUGAUCCAUGGUCAUCGCUGCAAACCCAUCAUCCACAUCAUCAUCCUGCCGAUGUAAAACAGGAAAUGUCUCAUUUAGCUCAACAAAGUAGGGUACAACAGGGAAUGGCUUCGCCACAUGCAUGGCAUGCACCAGUACAUGCAACAUCACAUUAUGCUCCAACGGGUGGAUCUCCGCUACAAUACCAUCAUGCUAUGAAUGGUAUGUUACAUCAUCCUGCUCAUCCUCAUCACCAAAGUGUUGCACCUCUACAUCAUGCAUUGAGAGGCGAUUCUCCUCAGCUUCACUUGCAUCCACACCAUUUACAAGGUGAUCGUGAUGUUAGUGCUGGCGAAGAAGAUACACCAACUUCCGACGAUUUAGAAGCAUUCGCUAAACAAUUUAAACAAAGACGAAUAAAAUUAGGAUUUACUCAAGCCGAUGUUGGGCUAGCCUUAGGAACACUAUAUGGAAAUGUUUUUUCACAAACAACGAUAUGCCGAUUUGAGGCUUUACAGUUAAGUUUUAAAAAUAUGUGCAAAUUGAAACCAUUACUGCAAAAAUGGCUAGAAGAAGCGGACUCAACGACUGGUUCGCCAACGAGCAUCGAUAAAAUAGCAGCACAAGGACGUAAGCGAAAAAAACGCACUAGUAUUGAGGUCUCUGUGAAAGGAGCCCUCGAACAACAUUUUCAUAAACAACCAAAACCAUCGGCACAAGAAAUUACAGCACUAGCGGAUUCAUUACAAUUAGAGAAGGAAGUCGUACGGGUAUGGUUUUGCAAUAGAAGACAAAAAGAAAAACGAAUGACCCCACCAAAUACAAUAGGUGGAGACAUGAUGGACGGAAUGCCUCCAUCCCAUCUAGGUCAUGGUGGACACGGUGGAUAUCAUUCACAUCAUGAUGUCCACGGCAGUCCGAUGGGUGCACACAGUCACAGUCAUAGUCCUCCAAUGCUUAGCCCACAAAAUAUGCAAAAUCCUAACGCGCACCAGUUAACGGCCCACUAGCAAUCAGAGAUCCAGGAGUCCACAUCGUCGGCGGCAUCAUCUAUAACAUCGAAUCCAUCAAAGUCAACAACGGCUUCGAUGGCAGCGAUGUACAUCGAUCACCGCUACCAGCAACACCAUCAGCAGCAGCAACAACUACAUGCCCGAAGGUUGUUCCAGGAGUGGACCCUGCAAUUCGGCAAUUCAACCGCCCCAAGUGCACGACAUUUUAAUGCGUUUAGUGGUGAAUAAAAGAAUGCGAUUUAACGUUUUCUUCAUCUUUAAUUUUUAUUUUCUUCAAAGAGACAAGUCAUAGAGACAACCAAAUAAUAACAUGAUUUGAACAAAACAAUAAAAAUAAAAUAAACUGAUUGCGCGUGUAAUGCGAAUUAAAUAAAACAAAAAAAGAAAAGUGAUGUUAAUUUGUAUAAAAAUGAUUAAUUAAUGAAUUGAUUCAAAUUAUUUUAAUUAAAUUAAUGUACAUAAAUUUAUGAAUAGGAUGCAGCAACCUCUAGUAUAUUUCAUUAAAAAAAGAAGAAGAUAGAAACAAGAAAAUGAUAUGAGAAACUAAGAAUUGAAAAUGUUCUAGUGAAAAUGCGUAAAAAUUUGUGGGUUUUUCUGCAUUAAAAAUGAACUCUCAUAUGAGACACACAGACACACUAUGUAAAUAAAUGUAAGUAUAAAAAAACAUUCAAUUUAUUCUAAUUAUUGAAAGAGCAUAUAAUUUCUAUUAAUCAUGUAAGAGCAGGACAUAAGUUUUUUUUUUCUUUGUAUUUUUGUUUGUUUUGUGAUCAUGAACAUGUAAAUGAGAAAAAUUCGACGACAAAUAAUAAAUAAAUGGACAACCAGAGAAUUUUUAACAAAAAUCGAAUCAUAUUUUCGUAGAAAACCAGAACCACUUUUUCAUACACACCAUACAAAAUUAUUGAAGUAUACAUUUUUCUAUGCAGCGCCGGCCGCAUAUUCUGCAAAAAAAAAACAACCAAAAACAAAACACAAAGAAAUAUGUUGACCAUAUUUGUAAUUAAUUUUUCAUUUUUCGAUUUCAAUUUUUAUUGAAACCUCCCCAUUGAUGGACAAGACAAAUAAAUUAAAUGAAAUUGAAUUUUGGUUCCAUGUUUUGUCAUCAUUGAAUGUAUACCAACACUUAUAUACCUAAAUAAGUCAUUAAGAAAACAAACAAAUAAACAACACACUAAUAAGUAAUAAGGAGAAAUCACACUACUAUACAACAUUAAAUAGGGUAAACAAAUUUAAAAAAAGGAAAAACAAGAAAAAACUAUAUUUAAAAAUGAGUGUAUAAAUAUUAUACAUAAAAUGUGUCUCCGGAAAAUUGAUUAAAAAAAAUAUUUAAAUGAAAAUUUGAAGAAAGAAUUGUAUUUUCAUCGUAACGUAAAAGACGACCCAACCAUUCCAUAUAUUUUUUUUUUUUGAAAAUAAAUUCUUUUUCGAUGAUGCACUUUUUAGGUUUAGAUAGAAAAAUGUUAGUGUUUCGUAUAUAUUUUUUAUUGAAUUUAUUUUCCGUACUAUAUCUCCAUUAUAUGAUUUAUAAAUUAUUACGAAAGGAAAAACACACGAUGUUCUUAAAUUAAUUUUUCAUCGAUUAAUAAUUAAUGAUUUUGAUUAUUGAAUUUCUUCGAAAGCUUCGAUUUCGCUGUCAUUCACAUUGUAAUAUAAAUUUCUUCGACCUUUUUUUAUUUGAUAGAAUCGCAUUUUUACGUCUUCUAUGUCAAAUAAACGCUCAGGUUUGGUUUUUGUUCUGCGUAUAGAAGGUUUUAAUCAAAAAUUAUUUUUUUUCUUUUGGAAACAAGUUUUUCAAUGAUAUUUUUUUAUUAUUACAUUGUGUGUGAUACAAACUUGUUUUAUAUAUCUGUUGGUUCGUUUAAAUUUAUAUAUUUUUUUAUCACAUUAAUAUGUUUGUUUAAAAUAGUUUUUUUUUCUAGUUGAUUUGUUCGUUGAUAGUAUCAGUUUUUGAAUAUGUCUUUUUUAUUACAAAAGUUGGAAACUUAAUAUAGAUGUUUUUGCCUAGCCACAUCAUUAAAGAAAAACCCAAAUCGUGCGAUAGAACCAUUCUCAAGUCUAUUCGAAGCCAAAAUUCAUUUAGUUAUUCAUAAAAAUUCACCAAAGUUUGGUGUCUAUUUUCGAUCACACAUAAAACAGACUUUCUUUCAUCACAUCAAAAUUUGUGUUGCCUUCGGCUCCAUUGUUGUCCCAUCAAACAAUGAAACACAUUGGGAGAAUUCGUUUCGUGGAACACUAAAGACUCUCGGAUAAACAACAACAUCUUCUUACGUCCAUAUCCUGUCUCCGACUUAUAGGAUGAGUCAAUGUUAAAGCGGGGGAAAUACGAAAUUCUUGCAUCUACUUGAUUUAUUGUAAUGCAAUGAAAAUACUAGUUUUUUCCCAUGGAAUAGGUGUUAAAAUUUUAUUUUCUUUCCCACACUAAUAAACUAAACAGGCUAACACAUGUUUUCGAACGAAAAAGGUUGCAAUUUCGAGAAUCGUUCAGGUAACCUGAGGGAUCGAAAAAAAUUCCAACAUUUUUAUGGCUUAUAUUGAAAUGUUGUAAUACGUCCAUACUUUGAUGUGAGAUAACAGUGCACCUCAUGGCAACAGUUUUUCGUUUCAGAACCAUCCGAAACGUUGUGAUCUUUAAUUUUGAAUAUCUUAAAAUGAAAUAAUCAUAAAUUGAAAUACCAUUUCAAUCUUCAAUUUAUGAAAACAAAGUUGUUAACUCUGCUGCCGAAGAAAAUGUGUUAUUUGUUUGUUUUAUCUACAAACGGUCUCUUUUUUCAGGGCAAAACGUCUUAACCGAACCAAAACCAUAUGAGUAAACAAUGAGAAAUACUUAACUGAACAAUUACCUAUUACGCGUAUGUAUGACAAUUAGAUGAAAACAAAUUUUCGCUGAAAAUAGAAAUGUAUACUGUACGGAGUGUAUGGUUGUAAACGAUAGGCGCUUUGUAUCAAAGAAUUGUUUAAUAAACAUGUUGGAAAGAUGUCAUCGUCAAAUGCAGACAACUACUCUUAAGUACACACCUUUUGAUAAUGCGCUUUUUUCGGUUACGUUUUAACGUACCACAUGUUCGAGUAGCUCAAAAAUUCUGUACUUAUUUUCAAUUUCUUGAAACCGAUUGGCAUGAGGUGGAACACAGUUCAACCAUCAUAAACUUGAGGAUUUGUCGAUCCUUUUUCGACACCUGAAAACGAAAAAAA